AUGAGCGGUGGGAACCCCUAUGCGGUCAACGGCUACUCAGGCUCGCGGUCAAACGUCUCAAACCCCUACGCCGGCGCGGGCAGCGCCGGAGGUGCAUACGCAGAUCCGUACCUUGCUCAGAACAAUCAGUCGAGUGCCAGUGUCAACAGCUAUGGCUCGAGGGACACAAGAGACACGCGGGAUUCGCAACGAGACCGAAGGCGGUCGCCUGCCCCAGUGAAUCCGUAUGGCACGGAGCAAAGCCCUGCGCCUAGGGAGAAUCGCAGGGCAGGAGCGUAUGGAGGCCUGGGAGCCGCGCCGCGCCCUCCGCAACCGCCGCAGCAAACACAGGACCGGCAACAACUGAGAGACGACGUCGAUCAGCAGUACAGCCCGAGGCGGCCGUCGCAGCCACGAGAGCCAGAUUCAGGCUACGCCAGAUAUGACACUCCACCAGUACCACCACAUCAAUCAGAUCGAAGACCGCAGACAAGAGACGGGCAGAACAACUACACUGAUACCGGAAGCUUUUCUCAGCGGCAACCGGCAUUGCGUCCUACAGGACAGCGCUUUGAACAACCACCUCCUGUGCCAGCGUCGACCAGGGCUGCUGCGAAUGGAUAUACGACUGGGAGUUCAGCAACAUCGCGGUACAGAGACAACUACGGUGGGCGGCCUACGAAGUCUAUGGAUGAGAUCAUGCGACACAUUCAGAGUAGCUGGAAGCCGAUGGAAGGCGAUGACUGUGUGCCUGUUAAGGUCGCGCUGCAGCUCAUGGAUCCAAGCUCGCUCGGCCUGGCCGAGAAGGAGCCCGACUUCGCUGCCACCCAUGUGGACCUCCAGAAGUCCUUGAAAAGCGUGGUCAACGAGCAUUACGCCGACUUCAACUCUGCUGUCGGUACCUACCACAAGAUUCAGAACGCGAUCAAGGAAUCGCAGAACCGCGUCAGAAUGCUGAAGAGCGGCUUGAUGAAUGUCAAGGGCGAACAGCGGGAUCUCGACGACAUGUUUGGUCUACUGGCAAUCAUAGAGGAUCUCAAGAAUGUUCCAGCACGAUUGGAAGAAAGGAUCAGUGAGAAACGAUUUCUUUCGGCCGUCGACCUCCUUCUGGAAAGUCUUAGAGGACUGCGGAAAUCGGAGCUCGAACAGAUUGGCGCACUAAGUGAUAUGCGAUCAUAUUUCGCCAACCAAGAAAGCAGCUUGGUCGACAUUCUUGUAGAAGAACUUCAUGACCAUCUCUAUCUGAAGAGUCCGUACUGCGCGGACCGGUGGAAGAAGAAGCGACAAGCGGACGGGGAACAAUCAGAUUUGGUGGCCUCGAUGAGUGAGACCGGGCAUGCAUGGGACCGGCCAGUAUACCACUUCCUGUCCAAUUUGGACACCUCCCUCGCCAUGGAGGAAGAUGCUUCCAAAAAUCCGGAGGCAGAUACAUUCUAUUACAUGUACAUGAUUUUGGAGGCCCUUAGCAAACUUGGAUAUCUCGAGGAAGCUGUGCAGAGGAUAGAGCAGAGAAUGCCUGUGGAGCUGUUCAGAGUAGUAGAGAAGACGAGCUCAGAAAUCGACGCAAGAUAUCCCAGUCACGUCCGUGGACAGCUCAAGAAAGAGAAACGAACUGCUAUGACGAUGCGCAUCGACGACGGCCGAGGUCAGGUAUUGUCUGACUUCCUGUGGACGUUGUUCACAAAGUUCGAGGCUGUAGCUGAAGGCUAUCGCGUUCUGCACGAAGUUGUGUCUGGGCUUGCAACCCGUGAAGGCAUCUCGAAGCCAGAGAAACUCACAGGCAGCUUUAAGGAGUUGUGGAAAUUGUAUCAGAUGGAGAUGAGGUCUACUCUCCAUGACUAUCUGGCGACCGAUGGUGAGAGAGGCGAAAGAAACAGACUUGCGUCAGCAAAUAACGCGGAUGUGUUUGCGAAGCAGCAAAGGGACCGCAAGAAGCGCAUGUUCAAGCUGGCCGAGAUGGACGAGAAAGCACUCGGCAUCAAAGAGGAAAAAGCAGAACUCGACCAGAUCCUCAAAUCCUCGGUUCCUGGUCUCGUGAACAAGACUAGCGACAAAGGCGUCAACGAUGUGUCCGACCGGACUGGCUACGACAACACUUCAGCCGGUCACAAGCUCUUGAUUGAGCCUGGCGUGUUCAACAUGACCAUCUUGUUGACACCAUCCCUCACUUUUCUGCAACGACUGAAAGAAAUCGUGCCGCAAACUUCGCACAUUCCGAUGAGCACAUUGACUUCGUUCCUUGAUGACUUCUUGAUCAAUGUGUUUCAUCCACAGCUUGAGGAAGCAGUCACGGAGCUGUGUACGCGAUGUCUCGUUGAUGUCACUGCGUUUGAGGAAGAUCCGUCGUGGCGAUCGCACUCGCCCUUCCCCAUAUUCAAAGGCACAUCUGAGUUCAUGGCAUUGAUACGGUCUUUCUCGACCAUGUUGGCAUCGAUUCCACAUGACUCCAUGUUCACACAGCUUAUCAUCAACCAGCUUGUCACAUAUUACGACAAGUGCUUUGGCUACUACAAGUCUCUCGUCAGUCGCGUUACCAACCACACCACCAGUACAGGAGCCAACACCCUGACACUCAAGGCUGCUGCGUCAUACGCAGAGUCGGGCGAUAUUCGUGACUUCGCCUUGCAGCUCUGGGAAGUUGGCCGCGCCGGGCAAAAGAAGGCAAAUUUGGUUGAGCAAGAGGUGCAAGCUCUACUGAAAGCAGUCAAAACAUCCCCUGUAUCCGCGUACGACAUCAUCUCGGAUCCAAAGUCGGUUCAUCAGCUCUCAUUGCUGUACAACAGCAUGCAGUGGAUGUCCGCAGCACUUGCUCAGUUGCGGAACGUCGAAACAACAUCGGCCAGUAAGCAAAAGGCAGGCUCAAGUGUUCGACGGUGGACACUGAUUAAGAGCUUGCGACCCUUGAGCACAUCGUCUGCCGAAAAGCCCGCGUACCUCCCAUUGACAUCGGAGACAGUCAUACCUUUCGAUACAACCCUCACCUCGUUCCGCAACCUAGCACAAACAGCCAUACUCACACUCCAUCUUGACAUAAGAUGUGGGAUCAUCUUCCAGCUCUCUCGCAUUUUGUGCGGGCCAGAGAUAUCCAAAUCGCCUGCAACAUCGAACGCGGAUCCGGCCCAGCCUCUCCGCAUUGACUCAGCCUCAUUACCACCACUGUCAUCCGGAGCGUAUCCGUUCGUUCUGAGCGCUCCGCCGAGUUCUGCGUCUUCAUUGAUUCUGCGCCUAAACGGCGAUCUCAUUGCCUUUGAUGCUAACAUCACUUCAUACCUGGGCAAUAAGGAGCGCUCGUUCAUUGCCGCGGAUCUGAGCAAGCUGGUCGACCGCUUCAUGGUCGCUGGCGCAGAUAACAUCCUCGUGAUGAACGCCAAUGGUGCGGAGCGGAUGCGCGUGGACGCCAUGGUCAUCCAGCAGAACCUUCGCAGCAUGGUUGCUAACAGCGCUACCAAUGUCGCUGCUAAACCCUCUGCCAUACCGAACACCGAUGGAAACGGCUUGGGCAUCUCCGAAGCCACCACAAACGGCUCGGCCGCGGAUGCGGACGAUGGUGUCCUCGCAGCGACGCACACAUACUACUCCCUGUUCCUGGAUGGGCCAGAUGAAAUAUUGAAAUAUGUGAGCAACGCCAAGAGCGGUGGUCAGGAAGUUGGAUAUACGUAUGACGAGCUCAGGACGCUCGUCGAACUGUGCUUCAGCGAGGCGCUCAGAGGUGAUGAUCGGGAAGAAAGUGUGAAGGCGAGGAAACGCAUGGGCGCUGUACUUUUACAGUUGGGAGAGGUCAUGUGGGACUCUUGA